GCAUAUAAAAAAAAACAUUCUUACGAACUGAAAAAGUUUAUUAAAUAUUAUAAAAAAAUAUAUUCACAAUUUACAUACAUACAUACAUUAGGUGCUUUUUCUAUUUUUUGCUCUACAUUAUCACUUGGUAUUAAGCCGUAUUUAGAAAUAAUUGCAAUGUUAGGAACCACGUUUCAGUAGAGUAAAUGCUUCAAAUGUUCUAGCUUUUAUUUUUGGUGGUGCUGAAAUUGCUGGCUCUUUACAACACAAUGCCUGGAGUGACUGAAAUGGGCAUGGUCUGGAUGGGCUCUCAGCAGACCACGGCCGAAAUGCCCAUGAGUAUCAUUUCAAGUGAAAACCACGAAAUGCUUCUUGACCAUGAUAAUACUUAUUAUACACCUUCACAUCACAGCAUGUCAAAUCAAUCUAUUGACGAUAUGAACACCGUGAACAGUUCACACAUGGAUAGUGUGGAAAAUUAUGAUAUGAUGCAUUUCAUUGACAUGAAAAAUGAAAGUAAUGAUUCCAGUUAUUUGGAAGAUGACAAUUCACAGCCAGUUUAUAUGAUUACGACUGCCACCCAAACGUUGCCAUGUCCCACUCGAAAGAUCAAACCGGUAAAGCAUCCCGGUUUGGUGCUGAAAACGCCUAUAGCUUACCAAAGUGACACUGACCCAUCAGUUAUUCCUAUACAGAAAGAUGGGAUCGCGGUGUGCGAAAAAUGUGGAGCGAUCGGAGUGAAACAUGCGUUUUACACCAGGGAACGUAGGUUUUGUUCUAUGGCGUGCGCCAGAGGUUAUAGCGGCUUAAUCCCCGAGCCGUUGCCCCAUUUGAAUCAAGAAACGCCCGAUUCCAAACUUUUCUACGCCAAGCAUCAAUUCACGAUGAAAUUUGAGGACAAUUUUGACAACUCGUACAUUGACCAAAGCUCCUCCCUUUGCAGUCUGCCUCAGAUAGUAAAACCCCCAGAACCCCCGAUCGACGAUACGGUGCCGUUGAUUCGAAGGAAACCGGCAGCGAAUUCUUUCAAUUGGGACUCGUCCCUCGGCGAUCGGUAUUUCGUCGCCGCCCCCGUCACAUGUUUCAAACACGCCCCCAUGGCGGACAUUUGGGAAAACAUUAUGGUCGGCAUGAAGGUGGAAGUCGAGAAUACGGACUGCGAGAACAUGUCGGAGGCGUUCCCCGAUUCGUUUUGGGUGGCGACCGUCAUGCGCAUAGUUGGCUACAAAGCCCAGCUGCGUUACGAGGGUUUCGGCGCAAAUGACUCGAAAGACUUCUGGGUCACCCUGUGCUCGAACCAAGUGCAUCCGGUUGGAUGGUGCGCCACCCGCGGUAAACCCUUGAUACCUCCGAAGACGAUAGAGAACAAGUACAGCGAUUGGAAGGACUUCCUCAGGAAGAGGUUGACUGGUGCGAGGACGCUGCCUUCCAACUAUAGCCACAAAGCCAGCGAGAGCUUAAAAUCGAGGUUCGACGUCGGCUUGAACCUUGAAGUGGUCGACAAGAAUCGCAUAUCUCAGGUGAAGGUGGCCAUCAUUCACAAGAUCGUCGGCAAACGGCUGAACGUCAAGUAUUACGACAUGCCACCGGAUGAUCCGGGCUUUUGGUGUCACGAGGACUCGUCGCUUUUACAUCCCGUUGGGUGGGCCAGCAAGGUCGGUCAUCACUUAGUGGCUCCCAUAAACUAUAUAGAGAGGAUCAGUCAGGGUAUAUUCGAUGAAGACGACGCGACCGAAGAACUGUUUACGCCAAUACAAAAGGGUUCACCUGAUUACAGCAAUUGCGGAUUUUGCGUGGGGAUGAAGCUGGAAGCGAUAGACCCGCUGAAUUUGUCCUCCGUAUGCGUGGCCACCGUCAUGGACGUCCUAAACUACGGAUAUAUCAUGAUAAGAAUCGAUACUUACGCUUCGGAUGGAACAGGUGUCGAUUGGUUCUGUUACCACAUCAAAUCGCCGUGCAUAUUCCCGGUCGGCUUCUGUCAGAAGCACAAUAUUCCCCUGACUCCGCCUCGCGGCUACGACUCGAUGACGUUCGAUUGGAACUCGUAUCUCGUCGAGACGCAUCAGGUCCCUGCUGAUCCCUUACUGUUCAACACCUACGUGCCUCUGCACGGGUUCGUGCCCGGUAUGAAGAUCGAGGCCGCCGAUUUAAUGGACCCUAGAUUGGUUUGCGUGGCUACGGUGGCGAAGGUUGUCGGACGACUGCUCAAAAUUCAUUUCGAUGGUUGGGAGGAGGAUUACGACCAAUGGUUAGACUGUGAGAGUUCGGACAUCUAUCCGGUCGGUUGGUGUCAGAGCGUGGGCCAUAAAUUGGAAGGACCGCCUGCAGUCGCGAAGCCAACUACACCGGUCGUCAAAUCUCCGAAAGUGAAAAGGAGAAAUAGGAAAAAGAAGCACAAAGAAGGACCGAAAAGUACCACGUCGUCGACGUCCCAAACUAUGAAAAUACCAAAGGACGAACAGUUUUACGAGCAGGAGGCGGCGGAAGACUUGGACGACAUGUCUAUAAGCGGCGACAUCAAAAGCGAGAUUAGCGAGGACAAUCAUGGUUCCGAAAAGGGCCAGGAACCCGCGGGGCCAGACCAAAACUUGUCCGUGGCGACUAACGAAAAGGUCACUUCGGAAAAGAGGCAACCGGCCUACAGCUCGUCCAGCAGCUGUAGCUCAAAAUUGAUACCCCGCCUGAUCGAUAAUUCUAGUAGUAGUUGCGACGUGUCGGAACUUUGUCCCGACGACUGGGCCGUUUCUGACGUAGUCGAGUUCAUGCGGAUCAACGAUUGUGCCAAUUACUGCGAAUCGUUCAUGCGAAAGGAGGUCGACGGAAAAAAGAUGCUGAACCUGACCAAGGAGGACAUCAUCGAUUACACGGGCGGCAAAGUCGGACCGAGUUUGAAGAUAUUCGACCUCAUCCAGCAGCUAAAAAUCAAAGUGAAUCCGGCGCAGUCGCGUCACAUGAACUUCAAAGCCAAUAUCAAAAAGUUCUUAUAGUGCCUAAACAUACACUCACCUACUCGUAGUUGUAAAAUGAUUUGCUCUUUUAAUGGGUGCUCGAACUGUGCUUCAUGGUAGUUACGGUCGGUAUAUGUUCACCAAGGAUGGCAUUUUUUUGUUGAAAUAAGUUCUCAUUCGAUCUUCAUAUACCGCUUCCUACCAUAUGGGAACUAGAUACAUUGCAUGUAGAGGCUUUAUUUAACACUCGCAGUGAAUGUUUUGGCGCGUUUGGUUUGGUUGGCAAAUAAUCAUUUUAUUCUUAAAAAAUUAAGAAAACUGCCCAAAAUAAACAUACCUGGUUUGCUGGAAUUACCGUGGGAAUAAGUUCUUCAUAAAAAGCUAACCGAAACUAAUCUUUUUCCAUUUUCAUCGGUCUUUUUGAUGUAUUUGUUUUUCUUUUAACGUACCUAGUAAAAAUGUCAGAUACACCUUCGCGCGAAGUAGUAAGCUACGAUCCCAUUUGGUUGCUGAUGCUUUUUCGAAAGUUUUUUUUUAUUUUAAGUUCACUUUUUUGUGCUGUAUGUUCAUUUCGAAGUAGUAGGUCGUUCAUUAAAUCAUCUUCAUCGGCAGGAGUUUGUGGAAACCAUAAUAGUCUUCUUUGGAUGCCAGUUCUCCCCUUUUUAAAUUCAUGCAAGAUUUCUUUAGGUAAAUGGCCCUUAAUGUUCCUAUAACAUUUUUCUAAUAAAGGUCCUGGGUAGUAUAAACGUUAUUUACCU